UCCGCCUUUGACGGCUCCAUUGAUUCUGGCAAGUCUUCUAUUCACCCAACUUCCUCGGACUCUGUGCCAUCAAAAUCUCCGCAUCGGCAUCUGCCUGACUUGUCAACUCCCACGUCGAAUCCUCCUCCUUUACCUCGGCGGACUAACCGCUUGACUUUUAUCACCGCAGCCUCCACCACUGCGACCACUAAUGACUUGUAUGCCGAUAAAUUGGGUCCCAGUGGAGCCUCUCUCGCCAAACUGCCUUCGCCGCCAUCACAUGAUACCAGCCUGUCACCAUCAAAUACAAUUAUUUCACGUCAUAGCCAACCAAAUGAUCAACCAACUCCAAGUCAAUCCCUUUACAAUUCCAGUAGCUCCCCAUUUACUGAUGCCAGUCCUUUGAGCUCCAUAGCUUCCCAUCAGUCAGAAUCACUCGCAUCCUCUUCGUCUCUCUGUUCAGCUUCUUCAUCGUUCAUCGGUAAGCUGAACAUAACGACGAUGCCAAUAAAUCCAUCGAUGACGAUGCCUGAGCUGUCCGUCUUCGCUGCGUUGACAGAGGUAUGGCGAGCGCACUUCUAUAAUGGUGGUGGCAGUUCCUUUCUGACUGCGGGAUCUACAAGCCCACCACCUGUGCACUUCGUCACCGGUGACUUGAGUUUGGCUUUUCCGUCAGCUUUGAUGCGUUCCGGCGAGGCCAUGGCCACUAAGGACUUGGUAGAUUCAGCCUCUGUCUGGCUUCCGGAACUCAUCAUUGUGCUUUCUUCCGCGGAACGCGUGAGAGACCUCACGGCCAAACAUCCAGGAAUCACGAUCCGGCAGGUUUUACAUGCACACUACUUUGUUCAUGCCUUUAUUGAUAUGAGUCUGUAA